AUGUCUCAGUCCGGUUCGGGUGGCGUGAACGAUAGCCAGGAACAGAAUCAGUCCGGGCAGACGAUGGAGAAUCAACAGACAGCGUGUCAGAAUGGGCGAGCCGAGCCGCCGGCCGAUAACGCCAAGCAAGAUUUGUCGAACGGCUUCGAGAAUCGAACCAUUGAGUACGACAGAUUCGCGCAAGAUAAAUCGAAACAGAAUCCGGUUGCCGUCGGGCAGAGUCACGAGCAGCAGCAGAACCAACAGUCUAACCAGUACCCGACUGGAAGAAAGCAGUCCGUAGUUGGUGUCCCCGAAGACAGACAUCCUCCAACCGGACAGCUACCUCCGCAACAAUAUACACAAGAGAAACCAAUGAUCGAGAGAACGCAGCACGUGUCUCAAACUAGCACUCAAACUUUACCUGUUCAAGCCCAUCCUCAAUUCAUACGCGACUACGAUCAGACCCAGUACACCCAGAUACGAAACCAAUUCGAAGUCAGGCCACAGAUGUACUCUCAGCAAGCCCAGUACGCCGAGAGGGCCGGCUACGUGACCAGAGAUGUUACUUACAGAGAUCCGACCCUGUACCAAGGAGGCGCAACGAAUCCGGUGUUCACUGGCCAAGGACAAUACGUAACUGUUCAACACGGAUCACAGAUACCUUCACAGUCGGCUAGCCCCCAGCCACCAUAUUAUUCCGGGGUUGUAGUACCGCAGCCGUCAAGCUACGCUCAGUUUGGCACACCGCCUCAGUACUCGUACAGCCAGUAUCCCCAAACGGUUAUGAACGCGGUUCCAUACGGACCCCAUGCAGGAAUAUAUCCUGGUCAGCAGUUUGGUCAACAGUCGCCUAAUCCUCAGAGAUUCUCGCAAGAGUUGGGCCAGUAUCAAACACAGCCGAUAAUUCAACCGAUCGCCCAGAAUGUGGCCCAUGGGAUCGCGAUCGCGACAACCGAGCGGCCACCACGUGGACCGAAACCCAUGGUCCCGCCGCGAGGCAAUUCGAAGAUCACCCACGAUAUUGGCCACAGGAAGUCGGCAAGCGUCGACGUACCGGGACUCCAGAAGUCCAAGUACGAUCACGGUCAGAAUCCUACGCAGGAACAGAUACAUCGCAGCGACGGUGCGAUUAUUGUCCAAGGCCCACAGAUUAUCACGGACGGUCAAGACAGGAGGUACCUGAGCGCCAUUAAUCAGACACCGAGAACAAGGCAGGAUGGUUUGUACGUGGACGCGAACGGGGAUCCGCCAGGACGGGAAAAAAUGUGCGAUCCUGUGCCACCGGACUGCGGUCUGUACGUCGGCAGGCCAGAGCAUAGAAAAUCUAUCUCCGUGGACGUGACGUCCAGCUUCCAGCGGCGUAACGACACAAUUACUUUCACGUUCCCCGGCGACACGGCCCAGGAAAUAUUAAUGCCGGGAAGGAAGACCGGGACUAUGGUCGAUCCGAAACGAGUAGUCGAAGCCAGUCAAGUGUACCCGCCUGAUCAAAGGCGAUUGGAUACGAGCCUGAGAGUAUCACCGAUGGCUUUUGAUGCGAGACAGGAGAAUCGGAAGAGCCCUAAUCAAAGAGUGGCAGCGAUCCCGCAAGAAAACAGACGAUCCGAUUACUUCGACGAGCACAGACGGUCGCCUAUGACUAUAGAGGGGAAGAGGAUGGAGGACGUGAGAAGGUCACCGAUGCCGUUCGUGCCGAUCCGCGAAGCAUCGGUGGACCGUGCCGGCCAGAAGAGUCCGUCGUUCGUGAAUCAGAAUUUCGAGAAGACCAGACAGGAUCUCGCGAUAUGGGCAGAGCAGAGGCAGCGGCAAGAACUCGAGAAGAAUAUGAUUCAGAAUCAAUUGAUGUCCACCAGUCCGCGUUCCCGCACACAAUCGGAGGAAAGACGAGACCUGAGACCCUUACACCCGGUGGAGGAUCGCAAAGAAACGAGAAUGACGCAAUCAGCCUUCCAACCGCUUCCCAAUAUCAGUCAAAGCACCAUUAUGGAGCAACGUCGUCAUCUACGUCACGUUAGCGCGGAUCUAACAAAACACAUGGAACUGUCCAGAAAAGAAUUCGACGAUCAGCCUAUCAGCGGCUCGGUAGCUAACCUUAUACCAGUCGUGAGCACGGUUCCUUCGCAAAGAGCUAGCCCAAACAUAUGUCACCAGUAUCCAGCCCUCAGCGAGGCUAAGUUAGACACAAAAACUGUGCUGACCGUGGUGACAGACUUCGGCGACGCGAACCUAAACAAGCCGAUCGAUCAGGUGGAUCACAUAAUACACGGCCACCGCAAGAGUUAUAACGCCUCGAGCAAUCUGUUGACGCACAGCAAGAGCCAAACCGAGAAUCUUCAGGCCCAACUCGACACCCAGAACGAUAAACCAGAUUUCGUGCAGGCGCAGCAGCAACAGAUGCAAAACCAACGGAGUCUGGACCUAAUAUCCGAAAAGCUCAACCAGUUCGAACGAGAGCAAAGCGAUCUACAGGCGAAGCUGCAUUGUCUACAGAAUCAGAAUCAGAUUCUCGACAAGGUGGCGCAGUUUCAACACCAACAGAGCGAUCUGCAAGCCCGUCUGCAGAGUCUACACGCGCAGAACCAAUUGUGCGACAAAUUGCAAAGAUCCACGGAUUUUCAACAAUAUUCGAUCGGCAACGAGAUUCAUUCCGUUCUAUCGAACUCCAUCCAGAACCACCAGGAACAGCCCGAUAAAACCGGCGCGACGCAAAGCCAGCACCAAUCCCACGGCCAUCAUCAAACAUUAUUGACCGCGUCCUAUUCACAGAACUCUAAUCAUCAAUCCUGCCAAUCAUCUGUCCGCGAGAAACUCUCGCCCAGGCUUCAACACGAUACCGGCGACCCGAAUUCUAUUCAGAUACCGAACAUGUCACAGAUGCCGUUGCCGUGUCUACCCCAAUUCGAGCGUGCCGACACGUCCCGUACUUCGUUCACGCAGUUCCAUCGGCUUCAAUGUCAGAUCGACGGUCACGAUGGCGUUUCCGCGUCAACCGGCGGCGCUUCCGUGAGCUUCACCGGCACAUUGAAGAAAGUCCCGCCGGAAAAACCACCGAGGACCUCGUUGAUCAUUCAGUCCCCGGAAUCGGAGGUAAGAAUACCACGAGAUUCAGUUACGUGCUUUCUGGAUGUUCCUGUUGCAUGCGCGGACACACUGGCAUACGUAGUCGUGAUCUAA